GUGUUUCUUCACCGCAGCCGACGCGAGCUCACACCAACUUUGCAGGCUGUCUUAGUCGGUGCGACGUUAUUUUUAGGCACGAGCUUAUGUUUGGCGUAUCUCUACGUCCCUGCGCUGAGCUUGAUCACCGAUUAUAAGAUUGACCGGGGCGAUAAGUGCUGGGUAACCAGCACCACCAGAUGCGAGAAUAAUCUCAAGGCGAGCAUUUAUUUCUGGAACAUCACCAACCCGAGUCAAGUUCUCGCCGGUACUCAUCCCCCGGCACUCGUGGAAGUGGGUCCGUACGUUAUUUCGAACACUGUGAACAAGCGUCAGAAUAUUACUUUUUCGAACGACGACACGGAAGUAUCCUUUGUGUCGACGCUCUAUGCGGACAUGGACGCUGCAAACUUUUGCGACGGAUGCUCAAUGAACGACGAGGUAUACUAA